AUGAGGGAGGGCAGCACGGACACAUCCCCGGCAAUCCAAGCUGCCCAUUCCCUUCCUGCUCCUGACUCUCUGCCUUUCUGCUUCCAGGUCUUGAGCAACGCCCGCCUCUUCCUGGAGAAUCUCAUCAAGUACGGCAUCUUGGUGGACCCCAUCCAGGUCAUCUCCCUGUUCCUGAAGGACCCCUACAGCUGGCCGUCCCCGUGCCUUGUCAUUGUGGCCAAUGUGUUUGCGCUGGCGGCUCUGCACACGGAGAAGAAGCUGGCCACGGGCUGCUUGUCGGAGCGCAGCGGGACUGUCCUGCACACCAUCAACCUCCUGACAAUCUUGUGCUUCCCGGCACUUGUGGUGCUGGCCGUGACAUCAAUCACUCCAGUUGGGGCCGUGUUUACUCUGGCCGUCCACACCAUCCUCUUCCUCAAGCUCUUCUCCUUCAAGGACGUGAACCGGUGGUGCCGGGAGAGGAGGCGGACCAAGGGGGUGCCAGUGGCACAGACCAGCUCCGCUCCUGGGUUGCAGAAGGCCAAUGGGGACGUGGUCCCGAGUGGAGUGUCUUACCCGGCGAACCUGACCUACCGAGACCUGUACUACUUCCUGUUUGCGCCGACGCUGUGCUACGAACUGAAUUUCCCCCGUUCCCCCCGGAUCCGGAAGCGCUUCCUGCUGCGCAGGCUCUUCGAGAUGCUGUUCUUCCUUCAGCUGCUCAUAGGGCUGAUUCAGCAAUGGAUGGUCCCCACAAUUCAGAACUCCAUGAAGCCUUUCCGGGACAUGGACUAUUCCAGGAUCAUGGAGCGCCUCCUGAAGCUGGCUGUCCCCAAUCACCUGAUCUGGCUCAUCUUCUUCUACUGGUUCUUCCACUCCAGCUUGAACGUGAUAGCAGAAGUCAUGCAGGCGACAACAAGGUUCAGGAAGACGUGGUGGAACUCUGAAUCCGUGACCUAUUUUUGGCAGAACUGGAACAUUCCCGUCCACAAAUGGUGCCUGAGGCACUUCUACAGGCCCAUGAUCAAGAGGGGUGUCGGGAAAUGGACCGCCCAGACGGCCGUGUUCUUAGCUUCUGCCUUCUUCCACGAGUACCUGGUGAGCGUGCCCUUGAAGAUGUUCCGGCUCUGGGCGUUCAUGGGGAUGAUGGCUCAGAUCCCCCUGGCCUGGUUCGUUGGACGGUUCCUGCGGGGCAACUACGGCAAUGCCGCUGUGUGGAUCUCCCUGAUCAUCGGGCAGCCGGUGGCCGUCCUGAUGUACGUGCAUGACUACUACGUGCUGAACUACGAAGGGAGGCAGUGACGCGCCCCCCCCCCUUGUGGUGCUACUGCGGCCUCUUCCGUCCUGCCCGCUUCCUCCUGGUGCCCAGCAGGCUGGUGGGCAAGGGCAAGAGCGGCCCUGUCUUCCUGCUCUUCCAGGGGAGCCUCACCACUCACCAGCGCGGGCAGAGGUGUUGGCGGUAGCCAUCUUUGUUCUGGGAAGUUGCCUUGUGUGUGGACUUUUGUGUCUAUGUGUGUCUGUGGGAGGGGGUGGCUUCUUGCCAGCUCCUCUGAGCGUGAAUGCUGGAUCAAUGCAAUAGCCUUCGGAGGCAUGGGCUCUUGGUGGGGCACCUGCCAGCUCGCCCCCUGGGGCUUGGGCGCCAGUCACGGGGGGCGGGGGGCAGAGAGCUCCCACUUGCUGAA